AUGGACAGCCUCGACCUGCCCACCCAUCAGCUCAUCCUCGACGGCUUGGCCCUCAACCUCGCCGAGGACAUUGCCAACGUUCCUUCUGCUCGAGCUCGCGUUCGUGUUCUCUUCGCCCAGACCGCCACCUCCAGCAAGGUCACCACUGGCUCCAAGCUCUUCCUCUCCGCCUCGGCUGCCAGGACUCAGAUCAGCCUCGCGCUCUUCGCUUCUUCCAUCUCCUCCGCCUCUCGAUCCACGGAGCACACUACCGACGUCAAGAAUGACGAGCACCUCGCCCCCGUUCUUGAUGAUCUCGAGACUCUUCUUCGUCAGCUCACUCUAGUCGACUUUGACCACGAUAUGAGCUGGUCCCAGCAGCCUCUUCCCGAUCAGCUCGCCUUCGCUCUCGUUUCGAGCUUCCUUCGCAUCUCGAUCAACGCUCCUCAGCACCGCGCUCGUUGCGUCAAUGCCAUUUUCGAUCUGGCUGCCAAGCUCGGCGAUGCUCUAGGCGCCACCGCUGGCGAUGCUCACACCGUCAUUGUCAAGCUCGUCCCUCUCUUCAACGGUCUCUACCGAGCCAUCGCAACCACUUCCUUCGCCUGGAAGCUUCACGAGUUCGCUCGCCUCGCCGACGUUCUCAACACCAUCCUCACCUCGACGCAGACGGUGAGGAGGCUCAACGAGGUCCUUCUGCUUCUCGAGGACCAGAUCGACAUCCGUCAGCAGGCCGGCCGAGCCACCAGGCGAGCUCCCAAGGUGGCCACCGUACGACCGACCGAUGACCAGUCCGAAGCUAGCGUCGACACCUUCUUCUCUGGCGAAGAAGACGAGGACGCUGAUUUCGUCAGUCCCGAAGGCGGCUUCACCUACGCUGACGAGGGCUCAGCUGCUCAGGAUGCGCAGGAGUAUCGCAUCUCUUUCCUUUCCAGGUACCGCUACGCUGGGACCCCGCUUUCGGGUCACUACGUCCUUCUCGCCUCGAUCGACAUCCUCUCCACCACUUUGGCUCAGGCACUUGCCGUCAAUGCUCGUCCUCCCAUCAAGGACUUUUCCGACUUCCAGAAGCUCGGUCUCGACCUCGACCGCAUCGACCCCAGUCGUCAGUCGCAGGCCGACCGCUUCGAUCUCGACUCGGACGGAACCCUGGACGAUGCCGAGCGCAGCCACAGCCGCGCCAUCCUCGCCCCCGGCGCCACCAAGAAGGCUUGGGACUCGCUGCUGCGAUUCUCCAUCCACCCCAACUUCGCCAAGUCGUCCUCCCUGGCCUCCACCGGCAACGGCCACGCUAAUGGCCAUGCCAACGGCUCUGCUCCUCAGGCCAAUGGCAGCGCCAACGGCAGCAUUCUUGCGGCUGUGCCUGUCAUUGGCUCCAUCGUCACCGAUGCCGACAAGUCUGCCGCUUUCGGUCAGGCCGACGCUUCUCCUUCCGCAAAGCUCUCCUUGCACGAUCUCGACGACACUCUGUGGGCUGUGCUCCGUGCCAGCAACAAGGGCUUCCACGACGUGCAGCGCUUCCUCCUCAGCGAGGGCGUCAAGAGCCUCCAAGUGCUUCCCGAGCUUCAUGUCCCCGAGCUCCUCGCCGAGACGCUCAAGCUCUCUGCUCUCUGCUCCGUUGCCCGCAGUAUCGCCGGUGGCGAGCAGGUCGACAACAACGUCUUUGUCCGCAUCCGCUCGCUUCUCAGCGAGAGCUCGCCCAUCUACGACCCUCGCGUUCAGGGUGCCGCUCUGCAGAGUGUCGGCGUGCUCGUCCGCAACAACAACGCGCUGGCUCUGCCCAUGACCCGCGUGCUUCGUCACUUUGUCACUUCGCCCAUCCCCAUCUUCUUGCCCAGCGCUCGCGGCGUCAGCUCGCCUGUGCUGCUGUCGGCAGCUCGCUGUCUGUCCACCUGCGUCACCAUCGCUCCCGGUGACGAUCUCGUGGUCUCGACCAUGUACAACCUCCUCAACUACCUCGGCAGAGACACGCCUGGCGGUCUCGGUGUCGGUGGCGUUGCGGGCAGUGGUGCCUCUGUACGCAGCGGUGCUUCUCGUGCUGUCACCUCGCGCGACCAGGUCAAUGGCAUCUCCAUGUCUGGCUCGCAGGCCAACAUCUCCGCCCGCUCCGAAGACCAGAGGAGGCUCAUCAACCUCAGCACCAUCACGGUCAUCUCGCGUCUCGCUUUGGAAGUCGGCAAGCCCGACGUCACUUCGCUCACCAUCUCGAUGCUGCUCCAGCGUCUCCGCAACGCCGACAUCUCGGCUGAAGCUGCCAUCCUCGACAACAUCGUUCCCCUGGCUCUGGCCGGCCCUCGAGGCGCCUAUGUCGACGUGGUCCGGGCUCUCUCUGCCGUGUCAAGAAGCGCCCUCACCGGCGGCGCCAACCGUCGUGCCGCCGUGGCCGUCGAGUCUGCCCAGCUCAAGCUCGCCCGAGGUCUUGGCCGACUCGAUGAGCGAGACGAGCGAGACGCCGCCGCUUCCGAGGAGGAAAAGGAAGCCACCGGAGGUCGCAAGGAGAUCUUCCUCAUCGAGCUGCUUCAGCUCUUCGCCGAGAAGGGCAUGCAGUUGCAGACCGUCGCCUCUUCCACCAAGAGCAGCAAAGAGGAGCUUGCCGAGCUCAACACAGACCUCGCAACGCUGCUGCCCGCCAUCGCAGCGGUCCUCGAGCACAAGGACAUCCAUCCAGAGGUGCAGCCCACCACCGAGAUGGUCUCGCUCUUCCGCAACAUGUGGUUCCUCUCGGUUCUCUUUGGCUACGCUUCGCCGAACAACAUUCGAAGCAACGUCGCUGCGGACGGUAGCGCCACUCACCGUCCCGGCUCGGCUGCUGAAGCACAAGCCGAAAUUGUCGGCAAGUCGCUCAUGUCGAUCUCGCUCAAGACGCCGACGCUGGUGCCCGAGAGUGCACACAACUACCUGGAGAGCGAUCUCGAGUACAACUCGGUGCUCAAGCGCGAGUUCUCCAACCAGACACUCGACGCACAGCGCAAGGCGCUCAGCGCCGUCAUCCCCACCCACGCGUCCGACAUUCGUGGCUUCAGCUACGCUCAGGUCACCUUCCUCUCGACCAUCUACGACCUCGAGUGCCUCCGCAGCCGCAUGGGUCGCCCUUCUAUGGUACUUUCGUACUUCAUCAACGAGGGUCUCAACAGCAGCGCUCUCGUGGGAGCUAUGCAGGCCAUCGCCGACAAAGUUAUCGAGUUCUUUAUUCGUGACCUCGGUCAGCAGGUCAACAAGCAUCUGCUCGACCCUCGCGUGGCCAACGAGGUCAAGAACCUCAUGCUCGGAUGCUGCCACCGAGUGUCCAAGGUGCGUCAGGUCUCACUGAGCAUUCUCAACAAGCUCAUCUACGCGCUCCCCUCGCUGCUCUGCGAUCAGGACGUGGUGACGGCCAUGCUCGAGAUCCUCACCCUUCUUCGCGAUGGCUGCGAGGCCGAGUUCAAGGAUGAGUUCGCCCCCACCUACCACUAUGUCUCGGACCGAGCCCACAUCUCCUUCGACCUCUCUGACUCGUACCCUCAGAGGAACGAGAUUCUCUCUUCCUUCCUCACCAAGUCGCGCGAAUACCUCUCGCUCAUCAUGACGAUGGCACCCUUGGAGCUGCAGGGCAUCCUCGAGCGCUACCUCGGCACCUUCGACGACUCGGAGCUGCCUGACCGCAGCGAGCUCGGCAAGAGUAUCGCCCUCGAAUACGCCCGCGCCAUGCCUGUCUCUGCGCGCAAGGAGCAGUUGCUCCCCAACCUCGGUGGAUGGCGCUCGGAUGCCAGCAGCAAGUUCAUCGGCGAGCUGUCGGCCAAGAGCACCUACCUUGGCGAGAUGACCGGUAUCCAUCUUGCUCUCACCAAGGGUCUCGUCGAGCUGUCCAAGGACCCGACCAACAACAUGUCGCCUGCCAGCGUCGCCGAGUGCCGAGAGCAGCUGGCCACCCUUUCGAACGACGUCGGAUCCAAGAAGCGUGCGCUUCCCUUCGCCGAGUUGCGUCGACUGCUUUACCGCACCGCUGCGCUGGUGGUGGCGCUGCCCGAGCCGGAUUACGAGCUGCUGCACUUUAUCGUCUCGAUCCCCUUCCAGGUCUUUACGCCUGAGGCUAUCUCCGCCGCUUGCCAGGUAUGGACGUGGGUAAUCGGCGCCCGACCCGAGGUGGAGACCAAGGUCAUGGUCGAGCUCACCAUCGGCUGGGCGAUGACCGCCAAAGCUCGCAAGGGUCUCUUCUCGCCCACUCUGACCACCAAGCACCCCUUCCUGCGAAAGACCGAGAUGGGCGCCUUCAACCGUGAAGAGAUCACCGCCGAGUCAGAGCAGGCAGCUCGCCUCUUCACGCCUCACCUCACGCUCAUCCACCUCAUCGCGAGCCGCUUCCAGGCGUUCCGAUACCGCGAUCCCACCAUGGUGCUCACGCUUGUGCGGCUCUUGCAGCACUCGGGUGCCGCUGUGGACCGUAUGAGCACCCACCCUCUCGCGCGAGAAGCCAGGUUCACGCUGCUCAACUUUGGUUUCCGUCUCAUCCAGACGAGCCAGCUCGAGGGUCUGGUCGAGUACCACCUUCGCGACGCGCUCUACAAGCUCGGCUAUGGCUGGUUCGCCAGCUCACCGCAAUGGUCGUUCGGCGGCAACCGUCUGCAGCUGAGCGCAGACAUGCAGGUCAUGCAAGAGACGUUGGAGCUGCUGCAGCGGGAUUCGAUGCGCGCAGACCAGCACGUGACGAGCUUCCCGCCGACGCUGUCGUCGGUCCGCAUGCCCGGCGGUGUGACGCUGCAAGACGCGAUCAAGUCGUUCGGCGACAAGAAGCGGCUCCUGCAGCUGUUGGUCGAGAACGAGGUGGCGAGGCUGUCCGUGUGGGCCAACCCGCUCAACAACAGCGCUAGGGGCAGCGACUUUGUCGGGCCCUUCAGCAAGGGUAUGACGGACGCCUCGUGGGGUGCCACGGUCGAGUCGGCCUGGCGCGUCAGCCCUGUGAUCGCCGUGCAGCUCGGAUCUCGCUUCCAGUCGAAGGCACUCAAGAGCGCCCUUGGUCGAUUGAUCCGCAGCCAGCCGUACAAGGUGGUCGACACCCCGGCGGCGCUCAAGUAUUUGCUCGAGGACCAUCUCAAGUUGGCCAAGAAGGAGAGUUCCGACCUCAAGUGGCUCCAGUACUGGGCGGCUGUCUCGCCGGUCGAGGCGAUCGACCUGUUCCAGCCCGAGUACGAGAACCACCCGCUGGUGCUGCAGUACGCUAUGCGCUCGCUCGAACAGCAUCCCGUUGAGCUCACCUUCUUCUACGUGCCCCAGGUCGUCCAAGCGCUGCGCACGGACGAGUACCACUAUGUCGAGCACUUUAUCUUCGAAACCUCCAAGAUCUCGCAGCUGUUCUGUCACCAAAUUAUCUGGAACAUGAAGGCGAACAGCUACAAGGACGACGAAGCCGAGGAGGAAGACCCGAUGAAGCCGACGCUCGACCGGAUGGUGGACAACAUCGUGCAGGCGCUCUCCGGCGAAGCGCAGGACUUCUACGAGCGCGAAUUCGGCUUCUUCAACGAGGUCACCAGCAUCUCGGGCAAGCUCAAGCCGUUCAUCAAGAAGAGCAAGCCGGAGAAGAAGGCCAAGAUCGACGAGGAGAUGGACAAGAUCAAGGUGGACCCGGGAGUGUACCUGCCUUCGAACGCGGAUGGUGUGGUGGUGGAUCUGGACCGCAAGUCGGGCCGACCGCUGCAGUCGCAUGCGAAAGCGCCGUUCAUGGCGACGUUCAAGGUGCAUCGCGAGAUCGUCAAGCCUGGUGAUGAGGGCGAUGAGAACACGCCGCCCAAAAAGACGGGCGUCGACGUUUGGCAGGCGGCCAUCUUCAAGGUCGGCGACGACUGUCGUCAGGACGUGCUGGCGUUGCAGGUGAUUGCCAUGUUCAAGAACGUCUACACCACGGUUGGGAUCGAUCUGUAUCUCAACCCGUACCGUGUUACUGCGACGGGUCCUGGUUGUGGUGUCAUCGAUGUCGUCCCCAACGCUACUUCCCGUGACGAGAUGGGUCGAGCCAAGAUCAAUCACCUGCUCACCUUCUUCAUUGGCAAAUACGGCAACACGGACAGCAUCGCUUUCCAGCGCGCGAGGAUGAACUUCAUCCAAUCCAUGGCGGCCUACUCUGUCGUGUGCCACAUCUUGCAGAUCCGCGAUCGCCACAACGGCAACAUGAUGAUCGACGGUGACGGCCAUCUGGUCCACAUCGAUUUCGGCUUCCUCUUCGACAUCGGUCCAGGAGGCAUGCGCUUCGAACCGUACUCGUUCAAGUUGAGCCACGAGAUGAUCGACGUCAUGGGCGGACCUGGUUCGCAGGGCUUCCGGAUGUUCGAAGAGCUCGUGGUCAAAGCGUUCCUCGCCGCCCGACCGUUCUGCGAUGAAAUCGUCGAUACGUGCAAGUUGAUGCUGGGCACCGAAUUGCCCAGUUUCAAAGGCAUGCCCACCAUCGAUCGGUUGAGGGACAGGUUUAAGCCCGAAUUGACCGAGAGGGAGGCUGCGCAACACGCCCAGUGGCUCGUCAAGGAUGCGUAUGGUAACAAGAGAGGCGUGCUCUACGACAAACUGCAGGAGGUCACCAACGAUAUCCCCUUCGCCAAGUGA